AUUGGAAAACAUCGAGCAUGCAAUGGCAUCAUAUUCGUCGAAUUAUCAGAUGUCAUUAACAAAAAAGGAUCCAUCGCUGCGUGUUGCCGCCACAGAUCCGCAUUUGGUUAGUCUGGGGGGUGGACGCUUGAGCACAGCUGUUACCAUACACUACAUACAUAUUGGAGAUACGACAAUCGGUUCGGCGCCCUCUUGCAGCAUCUCAUUGAACGGCAGUGGUGUCCGUCCCCUCCACUGCACCAUAUAUCGUAGCGAGAUCAACGAAGUGACUCUAGUGCCGGAACGAGAUGCACGUCUGCUGAUCGACGGGACGCGCAUCGAAGUGGAUACACCAUUAACCCAAGGCGCCAUGAUUACCAUUGGCAACUCCAACUAUUUGCGCUUCAAUAAUCCAGACGAGGCGCAAAUGAUGCGCUCCGCCAUGGGCUCCAAUGAGCGCAUCUCUAUGCCCCAAAUCGACUUCACCCAAUCCGCUAGACAGAAUCAUGAGUUCAGCCAGUCCCUGGAGUUGGAGAGCUUCUAUGAACACUUUAUACAACCCGCCGCACAGUCCAGCACAAUUACAACAACAUGUCCCAAAGUCUUUAGCUCCGAUCUCGUCACCGUCAACAUGCCUGCCAAGGAUGUGCUUGGCCAGAAGUAUGCCAGUUUCGCUAAAAAUCUAGCCGAAAACCAUCGCAGUGAGAAGCAGCUAAACAAUCAAUAUAUCAAGAAUUUACCAGCUAAUGGUGGCGGGGGCGGAGGAGUGGGGCCCGCGACAGGAACUGGCGCUGGAGUGGGCCACAAUGCCGGCUAUUGUAAUAUACCCAGCAAUGCGGCUUUAUUCAAACAGCAGAACAACAGCUCGGAUACGCCUCCGAGGGGCAAGGCAGGCUUCGAGACCGCUGAACUGCUUACCAAAGUAAAUAACGAUCGGUACGAUCGCUAUCCGAAGCCGGGAACGUACACUUAUGGUGGUUUGCAGAUCUAUCCCAUGAAUGGCGUCAAUACGGACAUAAAUAAUGGCGUUGAACGCUCGCUGAGUCAUGCGGAACUGGAGGAUAUGCUCAAGAUCUGCACGGAAUAUGCGGACAGACAGCAGCAGCAGCAACAACAACAACAGCACAGCAGCCAUAACGUGAGUUCAGGAAGUGGCAGCAUUACCUCCUCGCCCAUUGUUCAGAAUCGCAUAAAAACAAAUGGUUCGCUGCCGCGAGACAAAAAAUCACCCUUCCAAACCGGCAGCAACAACAGUGGCAGCAAUCUGGCGAAUCCGAGCACUUCCGGUAGCUCCACAGGCUAUGAAAAUGUGCGUCUGUUGGGAGCCAAUCGAAUUGAAAUCAACGGGCAAUUACAUGUGGGUGGUGGUGGUAGUGCUGGUACCGUUGGGGGUGCCGGUGGCAGUGGUAGCGUCUCCACAAAUGCCACGCCCAAGAGCAGCUAUGAGAAUGUUGUGGUUGGCAAAUAUGUGCCACAGAGUCCGCGCACCAAAAUACGCACCAACUGCAUGUCACCCAAGAAGGAUGCCUCCUUUGGUGGCGCCUUCUCGCUUGCCUCGCCAACAACUACACAACCCACGUCAGCGGCACCAUCCCUCACCGGCAAGCCGAAGCCACCAUUGGCACCAAAACCACCGGCACCGAAUCAACAACGCGACUACGAGCAGCUCUUCAAAUCCUUCGAGCGCAAACAACAGCUGGAGGAGAGCCAUCGAAGCAAGCGUGCCAAUAAGAAUAUUAACAAUCUAACGUUGAACCUGAACCGUUGCAACGACACCAAUACCGCAUCGCCCAAGUUAAGCAAGAAACCCGCACCAGCACCCCGCACCAUAAAUGGAGCAGCAGCGGCACCAAUUCCAGUACCAGCUCCAGAUCAGGCCACAUUGCAGCGUCAGCGACGGGAGGUCUCAGGGCGAUUGAAGCAACUAAAACAGGAACUAGCCGAAAUGCCAGCUCCAACCCAAGACGUCAAUGGUGAAUCCCAGAAUGGCGAAGCCACCACCGACACCGAAUCAACAACGCGACUACCAACACCCACACUGCUAGAUCAGCUCUACGCGCUACGGAGUCGCACACAUCGCCUGGAGGCGCAACGCAAUUCCACGCGCGUCAUGGAGGAGAAUCAACAGGCCAAGUUGAAGCAGUUCAUCGAAAUGCGACAAGAUCAGAUGAAAAAACUUCGCGCUAUGCUGAAGCAGAAUCCCAAUAGCGCUUGUCUUAAGGAGGAGCUGGAACAUGUUUCCGAUUUGCUAGAGAGCGAUCGGAAGACCUUCGAGGAUCUGGAAUUUCAAUACUUUGAGGAGGAGUCCGAAUAUCAUGCCUGUCAUGAGGAACUAAAACGCCAGGAGAAACGUCUUACACUCGAGACAGAGAUCAGCGAACUUACACAACAGCUGGCAACAUUACAUCUACAACUGGGUGUCGUCGAUGUGGACACACCACCGGCCAGUCCCCAUAAUUCACCGCUCGCCACCAAUUUGGGUAAUGGCGUUAUGUCUCAGUCGCUGUUCGGCUCCGCUGAAUUGCUCUGUCCAAAGCUGCGCACCAACGACGACCUCAUGUCGAAGAGCGUCAAUGAGAAUAUGUUCUAUAAUCACAAAAUCGAGCUGCCCACCACAGCGACGGCAACGGUUACGGCAACGAGCACACCAAAGCGACCGCCCCUACAGGUGUUCGAGACCAACUUGGGAACGGACGGCGGCGGCAGCUGCGAACAGAUUAGCUUUAACCUAUCGCUACGAAGCGAUUGCUUUGAAGUGAAUCCGUUGGAGCGUCGUGUGCCCUCGCAGGACGACAUCGAUCGCAGCUGCAAGGUUGCAAACGAUGCGCCCAUAUCAACAACCCAGGGCGCCUGCACAAAGAUCUUUGACAGCAUCAAGGAAAUCGAACGUAAUCGUAAAUUGUUGCUGGCACAGCAAGGUCAUCAGGUCAUCGAGCAUGAACGCCAGAAGAUAUGCGAUCUGAAGAAGAAGAGUCAUGAUGAGGCGCGCACUCAGUAUUUGCUCUACACACUGAGCGGUCAGUCAUCAUCGUCUUCAGCAUCAUCGUCUCCGCCAACACCCCCGACGCAACAACAGAAGCUGCAGCAACAGCAGCAGCAGCAGCUGCAACAUCAAUCCAUGCAACACGCCCCAAUGACCGCCAACGGCGGCCAAGAUGCUAAACUUUUUGAGAAAGUGGAGCUGCAAAAGCUAAACGUGGAGGAGCCACAACAGCAACAGCAAAAGACACAUGAUAAGGAAAAUGAUGGCGGCAGCGAUUCCUCAUCUCCCAACAGCAACAGCAACAACAACAGCAGCAGCAAACGCGACAGCAACGCGCAGCAGCGUCACUCACAGCCAGAACUGGAGCAUCAUGUGGUUACAGUCAGCGGUGCGCCACCUGCGCGCAGUCCCCGCCCACUUUCCGAGGCAAACAACUGUGAGGCCAUUGAAGCGCCCAAGUUUGUCGCCCAAAAUGGUGAACUGUUGAUGCAGCAGUCGGCGGCGGACAGCAAACGGGCGAGUAGCAACUCACAGGACACCACAUCGGCGGGCAGCGGCAGCAGCAGCGCAGGUGGCGGCGGUGGUGGCAGCGAUCGUAAACGCCCUCUGCCCAAACAUCAGCGUCCCCUAACGCGUUACCUGCCCAAUUACUCACUCGAUCUAAAUCUGCGCGAUCACAUUGAGACGGCCGGCCAUCAAAUCGAUUUGUGUCCACAUGUCUUCGUUGAUGCCCACAGUUGUCGCGGUUAUCUGCACAAAUUGGGCGCUACGUUUCAUGCGUGGUCGCGACGCUGGUUUGUAUUGGAUCGUCAGCGUAGUGCACUCAUUUACUAUUCGGACAAGUCGGAAAGAAAACCGCGCGGAGGCGCAUACUUUUCGACAAUCGAUGAAGUCUAUUUGGACCAUUUGAAUGCCUCGAAGAGCGGUCGGCCUCACUGCACAUUCAUUGUGAAGACAAAGAAGCGCAGCUAUAACUUGCAGGCGGCCUCGGAUGCAGCGGCUCGCAUUUGGAUAGAUGCGAUUAUAACUGGGGCCCAAGGAAAUUUGGAUUAUUAAAGCAUACACACACCGACACACAACACGCUCAAUAUAAAUUGAAUGUAAUUUCUAGAAAGCUCAACUGAUGUAACUGAUUGUAAAUUAGUGAAGUAAGCGACGGCAGCAGAACUACUAAGCACUACAU